UACACACAAUGAAAUCGUGCAGCAGCUUGACUCUGUUUUUGCUGAGUCUGAUUGCUCUUUUGGACGAAAAGACAAAAGCCAUGUCGACUGUUUGGCCGGAGGUGACGGCUCAGACUUGCUAUAUUCUCAGAGAAAAAUGCGGCCAGGACCCAUGUGUUGAAUCGGCUAGAGGUAUCCUUCGUUACAACUUUGACAACAAAUAUUUGGAAGUAUGUGAUGGUAGAAAUUGGAUUAUAAAGGAACAUGAAGAUGGCAAAACAGGCCGCGUUAAGUUAGGCAGCAGUAAAGACAAUCCUGGAAAUGGAUGCAAACACCUUUAUGAAAGAGGUAUAACAACCAGCGGAGUGUAUUGGCUGUUACCAUUCGGUGCAUCUCAAGCUUUUCAGGCCUAUUGCGAUCAAGCAACAGAUGGAGGUGGGUGGAUGUUGUUGUAUGCAUACAAACAUGUCGCACAAGAUAAUAAUCCAGUUGUUGAGAAACUUCCUACUGACCUCAAUGGAUAUUCUCAUCAACUCUUGAAUAACCUAGGCAUUAACCCAAGUUGGGCUAAAGAGCUGAGGUUCUACUGCACAACGUCAGCACACAGUCGCGUAAUUCAUUUCAAAACCAGCAAUUCAAGAAUCAUAAGCACAGCCUAUGAUGGCAAAGGACAUUGUAUAGUCCAUGAUUGGAAAAGUAAUACUUUCCCAUUAUCGGGCCAUUCUGGAUUUCUUCCACUGCAGACUGCAAAUGUCUUCGCUUCGCGAAGGCCUUCUCCAGGAUUCACAGAUUUUCCAUUUUGGAAGGGUGGUCUUUAUCACUGGGGUAUUUCUCCUGAUUUCCAAAGAUUUGAAUGUGAUGAUUAUGCUUCUCAUCAACAACACCAUACGCUUCAUCGUGUGUUUGUGAGAGGUUCGAGUUGUCAGCAGUUUCCUGUAUUCUAUUAA